CUGAAUGUGACCUUAAUCUGCCCAGAUUGUAGAGUCCAACCACCCCAGAUCGUCGAAGAGUUUGCCUCUGGUGAUCUAGUCUGUGGCGAUUGUGGUUUAGUCUUGGGUGAUCGGAUCAUCGACACCCGGUCUGAAUGGCGUACCUUUGCCAAUGAUGAAGGCGACGAUCCUUCUCGUGUCGGUGCCGCUGCUAAUCCUUUGUUGGACGGCAAUCAACUCGACACAGUAAUCUCCCGUCGGGAUGGUGGUACAGGAGCUGCCAAAGAUCUCAACAAGGUGCAUGGAAGAGCAACAGCCGUAAAGGGAGAGCGCAACCUUGUACAGGCAUACAAGGAGAUUAGUGCCAUGUGCGAUUCUAUUUCACUAUCCAAGUUAGUCAGUGAUACGGCUAAACAACUGUACAAGCGAGUUGAAGAUGAAAAGUUGCUUCGUGGAAAGUCAAGUGAUGCCAUUAUUGCAGCAUGUAUCUUUAUCGCAUGCAGACAAGAAAAGGUUGGGCGCACAUUCCGGGAGAUAUGCGCAUUAACUCGCGUGCCAAAGAAAGAAAUUGGACGGUGCUACAAGUCAUUGCAAUCCAAGCUGCAGACAUCAACAACAAUCAUGAAUUCAGAGGAUUUGAUGUCUAGAUUUUGCUCAAAUCUGCAAUUGGCCAACUAUGUUCAAAAGGCAGGCAUUGAUCUUGUCAAACGUGCCAAGGAGCUGGGUACAUUGGCAGGAAAAUCGCCUAUUUCGGUAGCUGCUGCAUGCAUCUAUCUGGUCUCCUACCUAUAUCGCCAACCAAAAUCCACUCGAGACAUUGCCCAUGUAGCAGGUGUAUCAGAAGUUACUAUUAAGAGUGCCUACAAAACUCUCUACGCAGAACGAGAUAGUCUUAUCGAU